GGGAUUUACCACCUUCACGAUUAGGACAUCUUACUUAUCAAAUGACUGACAGCUAAAAUUUUUGAGGUUAGGCACAAAAAGUGAACACAUUUUUUUUUAAUUAAAAAAUGGAAACAUUUACAAAAGAAGAAUUAACACUUCCACCAUGUAAAUACGAAUAUUUGGAUCACACUGCCGAUGUCCAAUUACAUGCUUGGGGAGACAGUUUAAAAGAAGCAUACGAGCAAUGCGGUCUUGCUAUGUUUGGUUAUAUGACUGAAAUUAAUACAGUGGAAAUUAAACAGUGUUCAGAAAUUGAAGCAACAGGAGACGAUUUGGACGGUUUACUUUUCCAUUUUUUGGAUGAACUUUUGUUCUUGUUUAGUUGUGAACCAUUUCUAAUUUGCAGUAAAUUAGUUAUCACAGAGUUUAGAACAGAAGGUGAUGAAUUGAAAAUUAAGUGUAAAUGUUAUGGGGAAGAAUUCACGUUAGGGAAACAUCCACAAGGCACAGAGGUCAAAGCCAUCACAUAUUCCGCAAUGCAAAUAAUUAAUGACCCGGAAAACAAGAAGUUUGAAGUGUUUGUUAUUAUCGAUAUUUAGCAAAAUCAAUUUUUUACUAAAA